GGAAGGGGGAAGGAAGCCAGUAACGGGGAGGUCUAGGAAGGUGGCAGAGGGGGAGGGACGGGGCCACUCCUCUGUCGGUGGGGCUGCAGAUUAUUUUGCAUGGAUUGUUGAAGAGAAAAGGGAGCUGCAUCUGUGAAGGGACCAAAAAAUAAACAGCUCAUUGCUCGGGAGCUCCAGGAAGCGAACGGCUGAGAUGCUCAGGGAGGUCCAUAAUCUGGCUUUCCUGACCCUGGGCAGCACCUAGUUCUGCUCAAGUCCCAGGUGGGGAUCAGGCGUCUGUCGGAAGUACCUGGCUGCGCCUAGUGCCGUAGGUGCGGGGAUGCUGCGCGCUCUGUGACAGCGGGGGAUGCACACGGAUGCACCUGGAGAAGAGGUAGUUCUUGAGCCUGAGCUGAGCCCAGGGAGGGAGCCUGUAAGCACUGGGACAACAAGCGGAAUAUGAGCGAGAGCAGCCACUUCCCAUGCUCUGCCGCAGACAGCCAAGAGCUGCAUUUCUCGGGCUCACAGCCGGCCGCGCUGGCCUGCAGCGAUGGGGACGAGCAGCUCAGCCAGCCUCCGGAGCCUGCCAGCGGGAGAGCCAGCCCCCGGGACGACGCUCAGCCCUCCCCGGGAGCAGAGGGGGAGCGUGGGGGCCAGGGGAGCGAACAUCUGGAAGCGUCGGCGGAGCUGGGCGAGAGGCAGGGACCAGGGACGGACACCAGCAGCGAGAGCGGCCGUGAGGACAGUCCAGCAUUGGCAAACGGCGUGCAGGCAGAGCUGGCGGCGGGGCAGGAGCAGACGGCGCUGCAGCAGCGGGACGGCGACGUGCCCAGCCGGAGCAGCACGGAUUCAGGGGAGAGGGGCUCUCCAACCCAGGAGAUACCCAGUGAGGCCCUCAGCAAGGAGCGGUGUCACGGCGUCCUGGGCUCCUCAGAAGCUCUAAGCGCCGAUGAGCCUGAGGAGCAGUUCGGGUUUGCUUCUGGAGAUGCCAAGCUGAGCUACAGUGAGGAUGACAAGGAACAUUUUCAAUUCAAAGACAUCAGGGAUGGGUUCAGCUCAACCUUUGAGAAGAUUGUUGAGUCUGACCUUAUGAAGGGUACAUAUUACAGCAGCUUGGACUCUUUGGACGUCCUCUCUCUCACAGACGAGACAGACAGCUGUGUCAGUUUUGAGGCCCCACUCACCCCAUUGAUCCAGCAAAGGGUCAAGGAAAGCCCAGAACUCUUGGAACAGAAACUGGUAGCCCAGCAGCGAGAAGCCCUUCACCACAUGGCUGCUGAUAAGCAAGAGCAGGCAGCAGCAAAGCCAGUGGAGGGGGAUUUUGGGAGCCCUCUCAGGCACUCAAUUACCAGCAGCAGGUCGGAGAACGUGCUGAGUCGAUUGUCCUUGAAGAGUAUCCCAAAUGGGUUCCAUGUGGAAGGGUCGGAGGAAGAUGCCACCAAGAUCAUUAACUCCAUCAGUGACGCCAGCUUGAAAGACGCGCUGUCAGACUCCGACUCUGACAUGGGUAGCACGGAGCAGCUUGACCAGGGCAGCACGGACACCUUGGCGAACGGCUGCAGGGCGGAUAGCGAGGCUGCCAAGAGGCUGGCCAAGCGUCUCUACAACCUCGAAGGGUUCAAGCGCUGCGACGUGGCACGCCAGCUUGGGAAAAAUAACGAAUUUAGCAAGUUGGUAGCAGAGGAGUAUCUCAGCUUCUUUGACUUCACUGGCCUGACCCUUGACAAAGCACUCAGGACAUUCUUGAAAGCGUUCCCGCUGAUGGGAGAGACGCAGGAGCGGGAGCGGGUGCUGAUUCAUUUCUCCCGGCGAUAUUGCCAGUGCAACCCAGAGGAGAGCACGUCUGAAGAUGGGAUUCACACGCUCACUUGUGCCCUGAUGCUGCUAAACACAGACCUUCACGGCCACGUGAAUAUUGGCAAAAAGAUGUCAUGUCAGCAGUUCAUAGCAAACCUGGAUGGGCUGAAUGAUGGGAAGGACUUUGCAAAGGAUUUGCUGAAGACACUAUAUAACUCCAUCAAGAAUGAGAAGCUGGAGUGGGCCAUCGAUGAGGACGAGUUGAGGAAAUCACUCUCGGAGCUGGUAGAUGACAAAUUUGGAGCCAGUGCGAAGAAAGUGACAAGGAUUGUUGACAGCAGCAACCCCUUCCUGGACAUCCCCCAGGCACUGAACGCAGUAACCUACAAGCAUGGUGUCCUCACACGUAAAACCCAUGCAGACAUGGAUGGGAAGAGAACUCCCAGAGGAAGAAGAGGUUGGAAGAAAUUUUAUGCUGUUCUUAAAGGGACCGUCCUUUAUUUACAAAAGGAUGAAUAUAAACCUGACAAAGACCUCUCUGAAGUGGAUUUGAAAAACGCCAUCCGUGUGCACCACGCCUUAGCCACAAAAGCCUCUGACUACAGCAAGAAGUCCAAUGUGCUCAAGCUGAAGACAGCUGACUGGAGAGUCUUCCUCUUCCAGGCCCCAAGUAAGGAAGAAAUGCUCUCCUGGAUCCUGCGAAUCAACCUUGUUGCUGCCAUUUUCUCCGCCCCAGCCUUCCCAGCUGCAAUCUGCUCCAUGAAGAAGUUCUGCCGCCCUCUCCUGCCUUCGUCCAUGACCAAGCUGUGCCAGGAGGAACAGCUGAGGUCUCAUGAAAAUAAAAUGAAGCAGAUUGCAGAUGAAUUAGCAGAGCAUAAAUUACAUCCUGUGGAGAAGAGCCUCAAGUCAAAAGAGGCUGAGGAAUACAGACUCAAAGAACAUUACCUAAUAUUUGAGAAGAGCCGCUAUGAGACAUAUAUCAACCUGCUGUGCAUGAAGAUAAAAGUUGGGACAGAUGACCUGGAGAGAAUUGAAACCAGUUUCUUCAAGGUGGAAGCUGACGACAUCGCUUUGCGGAAGACGCAUUCAAGCCCAUCCUUGAGCCAGGGGCACAUGUCCAUCAGCUGUAAGGCAGAAAAGGACAUUUUAGAGCAGAACACUUAACAAGGAAUGCAUGCACAGGGGGGAUGAACCGGCGAUGCUUUGCGCUCCUGGACUAGAUUGAUGAGCACAAUUUUACCUAGGAAAUUACAGAAGCAAAACCGUAGACAUGUAUCACACGGUGUUUGCUCUAGUGGAAGAAAUCAAAGAAGCUUUAGUUGACACUCUCUGGCAACGCUCUGGCAUUUCAGCAUCAUAGACAUGCCAUCUCCAUCCCCAACAGCACCAGUGGCUUUUCUUUCCCUCCUACCACAGCCUGCACAGCAAAGGGAUACGCUGGUUCUCCAAGGGCCAGGUUGCUCUUUUCUCCACCAGCCCUCUCUCUCAUCCUCCUUCUCUCCCUGGCGUCCCCACAGGUUCAUGUCCACAGUUCCCAGCAGGGGCAGGAAACUCAGCCGAGACGACGGUCUGUGGUAUCACCAGCGCUUCCAGAGAAGGGCACAGAGUGGCGGGGAGCACCUCCCUCCUCCGAGAGGAGCACCCUUCAGCACGUCGCGACAGGACAGGCUAUCAUGAGCUAGUCACUGACCGAGCGAGAGGCGUCUUCAGCACGGCAUGUGGGAACCUCAUCUGCCCACAGCAAGAGAGGCCUGAAGUGCCCUCUGUCACCUUAUCCUUUUUAUAUAUAUAUAUAUACAUAUGAAUAUAUAUAAAUAAAUAUAUAUAUAUAAGGAAACUUUAAUGUGGGUUUUUAACCUCAGUGUGCAAGUGAAGGCAAGCUGCCUGGGGAAGACACUAGGGACCAUGGAGGGUCUGACCAGCCCACCAAAAUGUUUUAAGAAAUGCAGUAGCCUAUGUAUCUUUUUUUUUUUUUUCCCCGCUCCUUUUUUUACUCGAAUGGAAAUCCCACCUGACUUUUUGCUGCGAAACAUCGCUCUCCUGUUCCUGCUUGUUCAGACAAACUGGCCAAGUGGCUGCUUCGUUAGCAUCCGCGGUGCCCGCCACUUUGGGUUCGAGGCGCAGUUGGAGCUGUACUUCAGAUCCAGCUGAACCUUUCUGUGCAGGAGAGAUCCCACCUGCCCAUCAGUGUUGACCUUCCUCCAUUUUGCGAUGCACACGCUAUACUCUUUUAAGCGGGGAAUUGUGUUUCUGUUCCUUUCUGCUGUCUGUGGUCCAAUGAUUUACUGUUGUACUAGAAGUGAUUCCUCUGCAUUUCAAUGCCAUGACUGUCCUCCCACACUUUAUUUAUUUAUUUCACUCUUUGGUUUUGUUCUUUUAUCUCAGAUUGCUUCACUUUUUCCCUAGGUGCAUUCACAGUAAUCAAGUUCCAGUUUUGAAGGAUCUUGUAGCUGCUAAUUACGGUCAUUUAUAGUUUAUAUUUUGCAGCAUUUUUUUAAACAAACAAAACAAGAUUUGUUUGGACCUUUAAUGUUUGAGAGCCUGUGGACUACUGUUUUCCAUGAUGGUUCAUGACACUAAAAACCUCUGCCCAACUUUGUCACCUCUUCUUUUACCCCUGUUACUUUGUACAGUUUGAUAGUUUAUUUGAAAUGAUGCACUAAGAAUCAUGUAAAAAAGAAUAACAAUAAAGCUGAAUCUGUUGGU